AUGGCCCAGGUCCCAAGGGGCCUGGCGCGCACUGCCCAGAUCACGCGGUUGAACUGGAACGCGCGCCCGGCCAGGAAUGCAAGGCUGUACAUUGGCGCAGCGUCGAGAACUAUCGAUGGCCCAAGCAGCGCCGCGCCCGCGGGCCCCGAGUCGGCCUCGCACGAGCCGCUCACGCUGCCGCUCAACUUCUACAGCGUGCUCCACCUCAACCGCGCGUCCUCGCGCGAGGCCGUGAAACGCGCGUACGAGAAGGUCAUCAACAGCCCGCCCGACGUCGGCUACAGCCAGGACACCCUCUUCUCGCGCGCUGUGCUGCUCAAGAGCGCCGCGGAGUGCCUCGCCGACCUCGACGCCCGCCGCGCCUACGACGCCGCCGCCGCCGCCGUCGGCGGCGAGCACACCCUCGACGUCAGCCGCGACAACCUGCCCGGCGCGCUGGUGCUGCUGCAGGAGGCCGGCGAGAGCGCCCUGGUCGUCGAGCUCGGCCGCCGCUGGCUCGAAGACGCGCGCGCCGCCGGCGGCGCGCCGCCGCCCGCGGCCGCCGACGUCGCGGCGACUGCGGCGCUGGCGCUGUGCGACCUGGCGGCGGCGGCGUUGGAGGAGGAGGCCGGGCAGGUGCUGGGCGCGUGUGAGCGGCUGGAGGAAGCGCUGGGGCUGCUCCAGGCGCACGGGCUGGCGCCGCAGCUGCAGCAGCAGAUUGAGGACACUCUGGAGGACUUUGCGCCGCGCUACUGCCUCGAGCUUCUGGCCCUCCCCCUGCACAGCGACGCCCCCUGCGCCGCGCGCCGCGCGCGCGGCCUGGCCAUCGCGCGGCAGCUGCUAUGGGGGGCUGGCCCCAACCGCCCCGCUCUGGCGGGGCCGCGGCUGGAGUUUGUAGACUGUGUGCGCACGCACACGACCGCGGCCGAGCAGGUUGAGCUGUACUCAGGCCUGCCUCAGGGCACUCAGAUCGCCGCCACUGAGCGCCUGGACUGCGCGCUCGCGGCCGUAGCUGCCGGACUGUUCAAGGGCAGCCCGCAGCUGCUGGCGCAAGCGGACGCCGUGUACGCGGCCGUGGAGGCGGCCGCUGAGCGGGAGGGCUCCAUGGCUGAUGUGACUGUCGAGCGGGCGUCUGUCGCGCUGCUGCUCGGGGACUCCAAGCGCGCGCUCGGGCUGCUCGGGCUCGACGGCGGCGGCGGCGGGGAGGGGCAAGGGGCGCCAAACCCGGAGGUCCUCGCGUUUGUGGAGGCCAACUCCCCUGACCCCUCCGACCCCCUGGCCGGCGCCUACGCCCUGGCGCGCGGCUGGGUGAAUGAGGCCGUCCUCGGCUCGUUCAGGGACACGGCGGGCCAAGAGGCGGACCUGGAGGCCUGGUUCGCAUCCCCAUGGGUGCAGGCCUACGCACAGCUCUCGCUUGCAGAUACUCCUCAAUCUCAAGCUCGGGGGGCCCGGCGGUUCGAGACUGUAUAA